AUGCUCUCACUCCUCGCCGCGACGACCGCUGGCUUUUCGGCUCCCACCGGCUCCCGCGCCGCGCAGUCCCGCACCGUCAACGACUUCCGAUUUGGCACGGGCACCAUUGUGCCCACGGCUCUCGGCGGCGCCGAUCCGAUGGCGUCGAAAACGCGGGAUGCGGCCGCAUCGGUGGAGCCGCCCGACUCUUGGCGCUUUGGAGUUGGCUCGGUGGCGCCGAAGCCGCUCGGCGGCACUGGCGGCCCGGGCACCGGUCGUGUCGAGGCGAAGGAUGAUUUCAGGUUCGGAACCGGUCGCAACGAUGGACGCCAAAACUCGAUCGACUUCCGCGGGGGAGCCUGA